GCUUUGAUGAAUGUGGCCUCGGCUGUCCACGCCAUUUUCAAUGUCCAAGAUGAUCGUACUGGAGCGUUGAGAGAGCUAUUUCGGCGUCUGCGUGGCCAAGGCGUGCGGUCAACUUCUGAAUUUAUCCACCCGUCUGUCCACCUAUCGAGCAUUCGCAGAUGGUGAGGUAGGAAAUCCUGUACUAUUCGUUGCCUCAUAUUCUACUUACGGCCGACGUAGCAUUAGUCGACCAGAUUUCAACAAUCAUGACCAUUUCCUUGAACCUCGUGUUGCUCCACCCGCUGCUUCGUUGCAUAAAAAUCGGGUUCCGUUGACUCUGACGUUGAAUCCACCAUCGAUUCGUGGUUGGAGGGAUUGACUUACCGGAACUUUCGCGAGUAUCCGCAUCUCUUCUAUUGUUAUAGGCGUGUAUGUCCGGAAGGAAAUCAACGGAUUUAGUAGGAGACUGGACCUCCCUGUCGACCUCAUGCGAGUAUAUCUGACUCUGCGAUUACUUCGUUUGUCGGAUCCUGGCCGCUUAACGGUACAACUCCGCAACGCUCUUCGCCGACACUCAUGGCCUUCUCAUGUCAACUCCCUGAGUGUCUGCUGCCUCGUUUCAGGCCGAAUGCUCCGACAAGCUUGGACUCUGAUGCCGACAUAGUGACCUUCAAAUCCAAAUGCAAUGGGAAAACAAGGACAGUAAACGGCAUUUAUCGUGCGCAAUAAGGGGUGGCCAAACGUAAUUCACACUCUUCUCAAACCGCAAAUCCGUUCUGAUGAGAUAUGUAUUCCACUAAAUACAAUCCUCGCUGCGUUGUCUUUCAUAUCCCGAAGACAAAAUCCUUCGCGACCGAUACCGAUUUCACAAUACCUGGUCCUGUACGACCCGAUCACGGAGGCAAGGAGAGUCGGGCGGGCGGUCAAUGGAUUGCUCGUGGACGUGUCUCCUGGGGCGGUACACGUCGGUGUCACAGACUCGACUGUCAGCUGGGUCAUUGUAGGCGAAUAGAGCGGAUCAAGACAGUCAUCAGCGCAUGCUCACCUUGGAUUUAUGCAGUGGUCAGGUAGACGAUUAUAAGAGUGACUCGCUGGAUCGCCAGGAACUUCGCCGAAAUGCCACAACGGGCAGGUUUUGCGGGAGUUUAGCCGGGGCCGAAGCGCGUGUUACAGGCUUUUGAGGGUCUCGACUACUAUUACUUAACACUGCAUGAUUCUAACCCUGCCUGCGACCCCAUUAUUAUUUCAGACCUUGAACCUUACAUCGCCGUACUUCGAUUCAGCGUGCAAACAAACAACUACACCACACCAAACCUUGUCGCUCGUCUUCGUCAUUCGACUUCAGGCCGCCUAUACUCGCAUGAGUCCAGGGUCUUGUCACUCUGCAGAUUCAAUCCGCCGUGUCACUCCGCGCCUCAUUUCAUUCUAAGAGAACAGCCCAUGAUCGGUGGUCGACACAUCUCGUAGCAGAACCGACAUAUACUGCUUCAGCUCUUGCUGAAGACACUUGGCUCAACAUCGACGGAGAGCAUGGCCCAAGGCGUGGCUCAAAACCAGCAGAAGUCUAAGCAAUCCGGAGCAGUCGCAUCCAUCACCCAGGCCUGAGAGAGCUGGUCGCAGCCAUGGACAUCAGUUCCUUGCUUUCUCCUUCAGAGACGCCGCGUGGAAGUUCGUCGACGCCGGGAUCGGCAGUUUCGUCACAGUCACCGUUCAAACACGUACAGCGCACGCACUCGGGAAAUACCUCGCAACCGUCAGUGAGCUCUCCUCUCACACGCGCCAUACAACCACCGUCGAGCAUUCCAGCGCAUGUGAGGAGUCCCUCCCAACAGCCCGCCCAUUCGUCUCCUCUUAUCAGUCCUGUUCCUACGGCGACAUUGUCUGGGCAGUUUCCACGUUCAUCGUCCACCCCGGGAAUGGAUGGCGCCGCCGAAGGGUCAGGCCAGUCCCACACGACCUCGAAGCCGACACCUCCGAUCCUCCCUACACGCGACUCUUCCGAUAGCCAAAGAUCCUCAUCGAGUAUUUUCCCUCAUCUUACCUCCGCUGGAACGACGGCAAAGCCCCGAGCGUCGUUUGACAUUGCCAUGGUGGACACUCCGAAACAGGUGCUAAGAGCUGAUUACACCGACACAUCUCUUUCAGAGGAGGCUCAACAGCGGUUGGCAACUUUGGUGGCCUAUGUCCAUGAAACGCCAUCGUCGUACGAAGCCCAUACAGAGAUCAUACGUAUUCUGCACCAAGGCCUGGUCGACCAUAUUUAUCCUUCGACCAACCCAAACGAACGUCGAGAUCCCAAGACCUACGAACUUAUCGGUGAACUGCGCCAGGCCCGGGAGAAUUUGGACAAACUGUUUGCUGUCGGCGAGGAGCAGUGGCUCGAUUGGCUUCAAGACGAGAGUCUCCUCGCCCAGACUGCGGAAGAACGGGUGGCAGUCGUGGACAAAUGUCGCCGAGCAGUGACCGAAGAAUACGGUAGUACACGGCUGUGGGUGACGUACGGUGACUGGGUUCUUCAUUGCCACAAAUGGGCCCUUGGUCCUCCUGCCGACGGCGAAAACGACGAUGCCGCUGCCGAGACCGAGCGCAUGGUCGGUCGUGAGGUAUUCGACUGGAAUCUCGUUCUGGAUACUUGGACCGAAGGCAUCGAACGGACCAAGCAUGAUAUGAGCCACAGCCAUGAAGUCUGGGACAAGUACAUGACCAUACGGUUCGGUGACACGAGUCAAAAGCUGUCAUCGACCGAUGCCGCCGCCGUUCUUGACCUCUACCAAAGUCGCCUCAGUGUUCCUCAUGCGGAAUGGCAACAGACUUUCCAGGCAUUCUCCACCUUCGUGUCCGCCAAUCUGCCAGCCGAGCAAUAUGAAGGUACCAUGGCGUCUACUCUUAAAGCAUCCGCAAAUGCCAGAAAACUAUGGGAAGAGCGGGAUAAUUUCGAGACGGCGCUAGAGCAAGCCCAGAAGUCUGGAGAUCGGACCCUUGAGUUCCAGGCAUUCUCUAAAUACAUCGAGUGGGAACGGUCCGAGGGCGAGAAGUCUCGGUCGAAAAAGCAAAAAGGAAAACGUGGGCCACAAACAACUCCUCCCCCAUUCGACAUGGUUGAAGCGCUCUACCAACGUGCAGAACUCCGUUUCCCUUCCGUUCUGGCUGCAUGGGAGGAACACAUUGAUUAUCUGCUGGAUCAGUCGAAGCCAAACAUAGUCGAAGUACUUUCGAGGGCGACCAAGCACUGUCCCUGGUCCGGCUCGCUCUGGAAACAGUAUCUUUUGGCAUCAGAGGUGGCUGAAGAGCCGUUCGACGAAACGGAAAAGAUCAAACACAAAGCCACAAGUUCAGGAUUGCUCGAGGCUGCAGGUAUCGAGGAAGCUUUGACCGUCUAUGAUGCCUGGUGUGGUUAUCUCUUGCGCCGAAGCAAACGUCCUGAUGCUGUCGAAGAGGAUGGCGAUGUCGCAGAGAUGGGCAUCAGAUCGUCAAUAGAAACGGUGCACAGUCUGGCUUCCAAAUUAGGACUGGGAGCCGAUUUUGAUCCUUCGUUCAGGCUGCAGCGAAAGUACGUCGAAUAUCUCAAAUUUCAGCGACGGUUUGACAAUGCUCGAGCUCAAUUCGACGAUGCCGUGCCCGAUUAUGGCAAACACUACAAAUUCUGGCUGCGUUUCUACGAAUUCGAACUUCAGAAAUCCGUUCAAAUGGCCUUUGUCCAACAUGCGGGCCCGGAUCGGCUCGCUGCGCUAUCAUCAGCGCCCUUUGCUGCCGCCAUCUUGAAACAAGGUCUUCAAUUUCCCGGUCUUGACUAUCCAGAACCGCUAAUGGAGGCAUUGUUGAACCAUUGCGAAGAUUACGAGGAUGCGGAGGAGCUGCAAAGUGCCCUUGCGGUCGUGCGCAAAGCACAAAGGUCGAUCACGGCCAGGCGACAGGAGGAAUUACAACGAAAUGAAAUCGCACUCCAAGCAGAAAAAGCAAAGGACGAGCUGAAACAGCGGACGGAAGAAGUCGCAAAUGGUCUUCAUAUCGGAAAGCGCAAGCGGGACAGCCAGCCGGAAGAGAAAGAGGACGAUACCAACAAGCGGUACAAGGCAGAUGACGCAAUGGAGACUUCUGAGGAGCCCCAAAAUACAACAGAGGAACAACUGAAACGCGAUCGUGAGCAUGCCAGCGUCCUUGUCCAGAACCUUCCAAGCAACAUCACCGAAACCAAGAUCAGGCAAUACUUCAGCAGUUGUGGAAUUGUGAAGAACCUCAAGCUCCUGCCCGACGAAAAGUCCGUUGUGGUGGAAUUCGAAGAUGCUGACGCUGCCACAUAUGCGCUCUCCCGGGACGGAAGAGAGUUGGAGGGCUCCGUGAUCUCGGUGGUCCUCAAUACAGGUUCAACUCUCUAUGUGACAAAUUACCCUGCUGCUGCGGAUGAGACUUGGAUCCGCAACCUGCUGCGUCCAUAUGGCGAGAUCAUCAACAUUCGCUUCCCGUCUCUUCAACGGAACAAGAGACGCCGAUUUUGCUACGUCGAAUUCAAAUUGCCAAAGGAGGCUCAGGCGGCCACUGAACUGGAUGGCAAGGAAAUUGAGGGCCUCAACAUUGUCGUCAAGAUCUCGAAUCCAGCUGCGCGUCAGCCGAGGGCGGAGAAGAAAAAUGAUGGCCGGACAGUUUUUGUCGGUCAACUACCCUUCAAAGCAACCACCGAGGACAUCGAAAAGUCCUUUUCACGGUACGGUAAACUGGAUCAUAUUCGUCUGCCUCAUGAUCCGAAGAAUAAAUCUCGGAACCGCGGCAUUGCAUUCAUCACCUUUGCUCGACAAGAAGAAGCAGAGGCUGCCUUGGCCAUGGACGGACAGGAGUUCAUGCAGAGAAAGAUUACCGUGCACAUAGACUCGGAGGGCAAUCACCGCGAUAACAAAAGUAAUCGCGGGCGGUCCAAGUCACCCUCGGCGCAGCCUUCUGGUUCUUCCACUGUGCAACCAACAAGGCCCGAGCGCGACCCCGUUUCCAUCGAAGAGCGACGACAGCGGACAGUGGCCAUCUGCGAGGUGCCGGACACGGUAAAUGAGAGCAGAAUCAAGGCUGUUGCCGAGAAGAUCGGCCCUAUCCGCAAAGUUCUCCUCAAGACAAAUCACCAGGGAGCUUUGGUUGAAUUCGAGACCAUCCCAGAUGCAGGGCGAGGCAUGAUUGAACUUGACGGCUAUGAGAUUUCCCCAGGUCGUCGCAUCCGCGUCACCACCGAAAAGGAAUUGUUUCAAAUGAAGCCUGAGCGAAAGGAGGAACAAUUUGCGAAGCGUCCUAGUCAAAAUCAGCCACCCGCUCCGGUGGCCAAUGGUCCGAUCAAGCGCCCUGCACAGCCUGGUGUGCGGAAAGGAGGACAUCUCGGUCGAAGAAUUGCCGUUUUGCAUUCAGGCGAAAAGACAGGAACUGGCACGGAGGAGCAGGUUAGCGAAGGAAAGAAGACAAACGAGGAAUUUCGGAACUUAGUGAACAAGGGCUGAGGUGUAAGAUGGGCUCGUGCAGAUGACAUAGCAAGAAUCAACUCGGCUUCGGAUCUCAAAAUAAUGGCGGGUAGCAGAGUCGCUUAUCGAUGCGUUGUGUCAUAGAUGGACGCUUACUACAAUGUACAAUCUCCCGAGAAUUGACUUCACGAUUUCAAGUUGCACUCACGGCAAUUUUUCC